UUUCCAUCAAAUUGUCAGUACAAAACCGAGUUCCGUUUUUAACAAUUCGCCUCGAUAUAUUCAAGUGUAUUGUUUACAAAUAUUUUGUGUACUUUCUUGAGCUUAAGCUCAUCGCAUAACCAACAAAACAGAUGGCUUGCUGCAAGGAGAAGGAUCUGUAUGCAGACGCAGCUGACUGCAAAGCGGGUGCCAUUGAUUUGCACCCAACUUCGGCGUGUCCAGCUCCGUUGAUAUGUCCUCCACCACCAGAAAUGGGACCCAUCAGACGACGCAAGUGGAAUGAGGAGAAGCCCGUUGCUGUGGUGCCCAAUACCGAGGCCAUAAGACGUGAGCUGCAGGAGCACGCUAAGCAGCACAUUGGCGAUCAAGUGCAGGGGCAUCAUCAGGUGCAGGACGAGCUCAAGGCGGGGCUGGACCAGCAGCAGCAGCAGCUGAUAGAGAUGCGCAACGAACACGCCAAGGAUCGACCCCUCAAAUCGGAGGAAAUACAGUUUGCUCGCUCGAUUAAUCCCGAUGCGGAUAAUCUGCAGAAUCCGCCUUGCUAUCUGCCCCAAGCUGGCGACGACUUGCCACACAAAGACGCCAUGACGCCCAUGGGACCCAUUGGCCCUUGGGCCACCGGCAAAGUGGACUGGAGUCCUAUGGCGGGUUUGACUGGCACUCGCCCUGUGGUCGAUAGAUAUUCGAUAACACGCUACAGUUCGAAUGAAUGGCGUGCCAGAAAUCAGCAGACAGUGCAGCACACGAACAGUGUGCUCGACAUGUCGGACAAAAAUCGUUUUAGUGCCACGACGGAGUUUCAACGUUUGACAGCCACCGUGAACAAGACGCAAAAGGAAACAACCGAGAAGCUGCGACUACGCUCCCAAAUCAUUUGCAAAUGGAAGAGCACACUGGAGAAUGCCAUCAAGGCGAUGAUCGAGGAGAUCUUCAUGGUCGAUCAAGAGCGCAAUCGAUUGCGCAAAGCGCUCGUCACACUCGGCGUGCCCGAGAGCAUUGUCCGUGAAUGCAUCGAGAAGCGUUGCGGUCGCCCGGACACUGAAUUGGUUCGCGAUACGCCCGAGGAGGAGCUGGUCAAUGAGCUGGCUCUGAUUGCCGAGAUCAAGCGACAGUUGCAAAAGGUCCUCGGCGACUUUGAGGCCCAACAGCAGGAGAAUCGCUCAGCGAAGCAGCGACUCGAGUUUGACUGGAGUGACAAGCAGGAAGCCUACGAUAUUGAUACUGUGAAUGUGGGCUUAAAUAACCAUUCGCGCACUGUCAUGUUCCAUGUGGGUGCGGUUAAUCAACCUCCCGAACAAUCGUCGGAAAAGUACUGGGAACACUUCAGUCUUGAGACCCUGGAAGAGAGUGAAAAGUGUCGUCAACGUUCCGCAGCGCUGCGCAGCAGUCUCAACACCAUUUUGCUGAAUGGAGCCAGAGAUAUUCGCACGCAGGCGGACAUUGUGGAGAAGUCGUUGACCGCGCGCAUCAAUUGCACCCAGGAGGCAGUGCAGCGCUUCGAGAACGAUCUACAUCGUGUGCUCCGCGAUCUCGCCGAGACGGAGACCCGCAUUGAGCAGCUUCAUGGACGCAUUCGCAGCUUCGAUGCGGCCAUGAAGGUGGCCCAGACCCGCAUGCACAAUCGCAGCUAUCGUCCGAAUGUCGAGAGUUGUCGUGAUGUCGCUCAGCAGCAUCUUAUCGAUGAGGUGCACACCAUUCAGAGCAGUGUCACUGCCAUGCUCCACGAGCUCACUGCUGCCGAGGCGACCAAGGAGGCGCUGGUUGGUGUCCGCGCUGCUUUGGAGCGCGAGAUUAUGCUCAAGCGACGCGCUCUCUUCAUGGACAGAGAUCGAUGCAUGGUGUUGCGAUCGCAUUAUCCCUCUGCCAAUGCUUUGACCGGCACAGGAGCCUUUUAAUAAUCUAUCAAUUGUGUAAUCUUCCCUCAAAAUUUAAUGUCUGAAAUUUUAAGUCCCAAACUGUUAAUGUAUUUACACUGUAAUGAUUCGAAUUUUUCAGCAAAAAUAUUGACGAAAUUGUAGAUAAAACAAGCAAAUAAUU